AUGCCUGUAGAGACGCGAUCAAUAAGAGACAGAUCUGCAGUAGGACGUUUUCCAUCUGUCACGCUUGGAUUUGGGGACGACUCAGAGGAAGAAAAUGAAGAACCAGAGGAGGAAGGCGUUACGAAAGAGAAUGCGUGUCGGCGGUGGCUGCGUAAGGUCUGUCCCUGCUGCUGUCCACAACCAAGUGACAAUGACCUGACAGACACUGUGGUCACAGGGAUUGAUGAGCUGGAAAAGGACAACGGGACAGACGGUGAAAAGCCUGGGACUGGUGACAGCGAGCUUGAUGAACUCCUCCUGAAAGUGCAAUCAAUAGACCUGAUGAAGAGCAAAUCAGGGGUGAACCGCACAGAGCAUCACACAAAUCUCUACCAAAGUGACAACCUCAUUAUCCGCAGAGGGCAGAAUUUCCAGAUGUGGAUCACCCUGUCUCGACCUUUUGACCCCAGCACUGAUGAGCUGCAUCUUAAUCUUCAAACAGGAUCGCUGCCAGCUGUGUCAAAGGGAACCCAUGUCAUCGUCCCUUUGGUGGGGGAGCUGCAGGAUGAUCGCUGGGGGGCGGCUGUGGUGAAGCAGGACGGCAGAAGGAUAAAGCUGUCGGUGAACUCUUCACCCACAGCGGUUAUUGGCCAAUAUCGACUCACGGUGGAAACCAAUUGUGCGAGCGGUCCGGUCGUUUCCACACAUGACCCUGCCAAUGACAUCUACAUGUUGUUCAACCCCUGGUGUGAAGAUGACUCCGUGUUCAUGGACUCUGAAGAGGAAAAGCAGGAAUACGUCCUGAACGAUGUCGGACGGAUCUACUACGGAACACAGAACCAGAUUGGAGUGAGGACGUGGAACUACGGACAGUUUGAUGAUGGGAUCCUUGCCGCCUGCCUCUUUGUCCUGGAAAAGAGCGGAACUCCUGCAUCCGGUUGGGGAGACCCAGUUAAUGUGUCGCGAAUCAUCUCAGCCAUGAUAAACUCCCCAGAUGACCGCGGUGUCCUGGAGGGAAACUGGUCAGGAGACUAUUCGAAUGGAUCUUCUCCAACGAUGUGGAGUGGAAGUGUGGAAAUCCUGAACGAAUACCAUAAAAGCAGUGGCACCCCUGUGAAAUAUGGCCAAUGCUGGGUCUUUGCCGGCGUCUUCACAACAGUUUUGCGGUGUUUCGGGAUCCCCGGUCGAACUGUGACCAACUUUAGCUCAGCUCACGACACAGAUGUUUCCUUGACGACAGAUGUAUACCUGGACGAGAACCUGGAGCCCAUAGAACACCUCAACGCAGACUCUAUCUGGAACUUUCACGUGUGGAACGACUGCUGGAUGGCUCGUCCAGACUUGCCUCCAGGUAACGGAGGCUGGCAGGCUGUGGACGCCACGCCUCAGGAGACCAGCCAGGGCACUUUCCAGUGUGGUCCUGCUUCUCUCGCCGCUGUCCGCUAUGGUCAGGUCUUCCUCAAGCACGACUGUCCUUUUGUGUUUGCAGAGGUGAACAGCGAUAAAAUCUACUGGCAGAAAAAUGUGGAUGGGACCUUCAGUCAAAUCUACAGUGAGAAAAAGAUUGUGGGACACUUGAUCAGCACCAAGGCUGUUGGCUCCGAUGAGCGCAAUGAUAUCACACACCUUUACAAACAUCUCGAAGACACAGUGGAAGAACGCAUUGCUGUGGAGACGGCGUGUAGCUACGGCUCCAAAGCAGAGGCCUAUUCAUCUCCAACGGCACAGGAUGUCGCUUUGGAAGUGCUCAUGGAUGGUGAAGGCCCUGAAAUGGGAAAGGAUGUAGAACUGACCAUCGUGGUGCGAAACAGCAGCUCAGAAAAACGCAAUGUUUCCCUGCACAGCCAGGUGUCAGUUAUGUACUACACCGGAGUCCACAAAGCCACGGUCAGGAAGGACCAGACAGAUGUGGAAGUGCUGCCAAAGGAGGAAAAGAUUUUCGAGUGGAUCAUGGAGUACAAAGACUACAAGGGCCAGCUGAUAGAUCAGGCUGCCCUGAUGCUGACCUUGUCAGGCAGAGUCAAGGAAACACAGCAGGUUCUAGCUACUCAGUUCAGCUUCCGACUCAGGACCCCAGACCUCGUCAUAAAGCCAAUCGGGAAGGCCGCGGUUGGGGAGAAGAUGGCAGUAGAGAUUUCAUUUACUAACCCCCUACCCCAGGUGCUGAAGGCAGUGAUAUUCCACGUGGAAGGACUCGGCCUUCUACCUGCUCGAAAAAUUAAUUAUGGAGAUAUUGGCAGCCAUGCCUCCGUGUCUCUCACUGAACACUUCGUACCCACCCUUCCCGGACUGAGGAAAUUAUUGGCUUCGCUGGACUGCAAGCAGCUCACACAAGUUCACGGCGUGACCGACAUCACAGUGGAGGACAAAAGUAACGCCGGUUAAUAGCUAUCUGCACUGAAUAUCGAUGCUUAUUUCUCUCAUGUAGUCACUGAUUCCCUUAUUUUCUUUGUGAAGUCUUUUUCCAUGAAUUUCUAUGGAAAGCCAGUAUUUAAAUUUACAAAAAUGUUACACAACAUGACUGCAGACUAAUAACCACAGGGAGGCAACUAAUCAUAAAACAUCUGAGAACACUGCGGUGUUUGUGGGGUGUCACCUCUGAGUAGCCAGAACAUUUGAGAUGAUAUGAAAACCAAUAUUAACUUGCAUCAUGCAACAUACAGGUGAGUAUGGUGGAGCUAUGAUGAGCAUACUUUAGUCCCAUGGAUGUUGGCAGAUGUUGGAAAGUGGCAGCUUGAAUGAAAAAACAUGCCUUUGUAAAGACAGAAAAGAGGAUGUUUUGUUUAUCUAUAUAGUAUAUUUAUUUACUUUAUUUUGCCAUAUAUUGACAAUUUUAAAAAAUGUGUAACCAAUGCUGCAUAUGAUCCUGUAUUAUUAAAAGAACCAAUCAUUUAAAA